UUAGCUUCACUUCCUGGUUGCUGCAUUCAAGUUCCUUUGGAAAAGAAAACCUUCCAACGGUGAACCGAAAGAGAAAGUAGAAGUUUGGAGAAGCGCGUUGCUGGUCCGCAGAUGUUCUUGUGAAGUCGCUCCGUUCGUCGCUGUUGCUUCUGCAGAGUUCACCUGAGGACAGCAGGAUGUCCCGCGGGUCCAAUGCCGGCUUUGACCGACACAUCACCAUCUUCUCCCCGGAGGGCCGCCUCUACCAAGUCGAGUACGCCUUUAAAGCCAUCUCUCAGAGCGGUUUGACGUCUGUCGGCAUUAGGGGGACGGACUGCACCGUCGUGGUCACGCAGAAGAAAGUGCCGGACAAGCUGCUGGACUCCUCCACUGUGACCAACAUGUUCAAACUCACCCCCCACAUCGGCUGCGUGAUGACGGGCCAUAACGCGGACAGCCGCUCUCAGGUCCACCGAGCGCGGGUGGAAGCUGGGGAAUGGAAGUACAAGUUUGGCUACGACAUCACUGCGGAUGUGCUGUGUCGCAGGCUGGCCGACAUCUCGCAGGUCUACACGCAGAACGCAGAGAUGAGACCUUUAGGCUGCUGUAUGAUCCUGGUGGCAAUUGACCCCCAGCUCGGCCCUGUCCUGUAUAAAUGCGACCCGGCUGGCUACUACUGCGGCUUCAGAGCCACGGCGGUUGGUGCCAAACAGACGGAGGCCAACAGCUUCUUGGAGAAAAAACUGAAGAAGAAGCCCGUGUUAGACCUGGAUAAGACAGUGCAGUUGGCCAUCUCCUGCCUGUCGUCUGUACUCUCUAUGGACUUCAAAGCCCAUGAGCUGGAGAUCGGCAUCGUGACCAAAGACAAACCUAAAUUCAGGACUCUGACAGAUGCAGAGAUUGAAGCUCACCUUGUCGCCAUAGCAGAGAGGGAGUAGAAGCGCCGCCAGGUGGCAACCCGAAUGUCACACCAGCAUUUCAGCGUUUGCCAAAUUCGUUUAACAGCUGGACCAUAAGAGCAGCCCGCCCUUUAGAAGGAUUAUUUUUGGAUGAAAGCGUUUAUAAUGCAGGCUCAGUGUGAUUUUAGAAUUCUGAAGAAAAGACCUUCAUGUUCAACCCAUCAUGUUCUGCAACCAACGUGUUUAUGAAUAAACAUGUCCUCAGGUUUUCACAAUAAAACAGAUAUAUCUGUU